AUGUUUUAUUACAUAGCUUUGCUAACCCCUCUCGUUAGUUUCGUGAAAGCCGAUCUACCUAUACACGCACUUUCGAGCGAUGUAUUAGGGUUAUGGCGUGUGUUGGAGACCGAGAAGUACCAUGACAAGCCACAAUCAUGCGGCGGAACACUGCCUAAUCGCAACAUCGAAAAUUUGAAGCUCGGUAAUUAUCGUCAUUAUCUUGAAGGACUCUACGGGUCUUUGCGAGAAAAUGUGUUGGAGCUGGUGGACGAACGUUACCACCGUCGUAGUGAAACUCCUCCAAGGAAUCAAUGGCGUUACUUAGGUGUGAGAGACCCGAAGUCUGGUCAGGGAUUCAUAGGGAGCUGGACAAUGGUCUACGACGAAGGUGUGGAGAUAGAUAUCGGUGCUACAAGUUACUUUGGUUUCUUCAAAUACAACAAAAUAGAUAGCCGAUCGUGCCCAAUGAUCAUGGACGGUUCCCAAGAAGAUUCACACGGAAACGUACCAUGCUAUAAGACAAAAGCAUCCGAGAUCGGUAUUGGUUGGGCUACACGCAAGGUGAUGGAGAAUGGCAAGGCAAGAUACCUGUACGGCUGUUUUUAUGCGGAGAAAAUAAAAAAGGACCAUCAACAUUCUUACGUUCUAGAUGAAACUGCGACAGCAUCUUUUAACAAAGUCAAACCCAGUAGUUCAAACUUAUGGGUGAAGAAGGAAUACACACAAUUUACGGAUCUAUCACCAUUUAGGUUCUUACAAUUACACAAGGGUGUUUCGUUCAAGAGUAUACACCACUCCAACAUGCACAGCGGCUCUAACGAGAACAAGGGUUUUGUUCACCGAUUCCUACAGGAAGAUAAACCAAGUCUUUAUGCGUGCCACAAGAAGGAUGAUAACACCGAUUACUACAGAGAUCUUGCAUUGCCACAACAGUGGACUUGGGGAGACUCAUUUGACGGAAGUACAGACGAGAUACAAUCGUUCGGUCAAGGUCAAUGCGGUAGUUGCUACGCAAUGUCGGGAAUUUAUAUUCUGAUAAAACGUUCGGAGAUUUUAUUACGCAAGCUCUACCCUGAUAUAAAUUGGAAGAACACGCCCAUGCCAUCGGUUCAGAACAUAAUAGAAUGUUCUCCAUACAACCAGGGCUGUUUUGGAGGUUUCCCCUUCCUGGUGGGAAAACAUCUUACUGAACUGGGUGUUGUGACCGACGUUCAAUCACCAUACAAGGUGGUCACGGAUGAAACCGCCACUCAUUGUACCGUCACCAAUGCUGACCCAAAUAAUCGUUGGUUUGCAUCGGGAUAUGGAUAUGUGGGUGGCUGUUACGAGUGCACGACAGAAUUGGAAAUAAUGAGAGAAGUAUACCAUCACGGACCCGUAGCUGUUGCCAUAGACGCGCCACAGAGCCUUUUUAGCUACCAAAGUGGCAUAUACGAUGACGAUCCUGUUAACCAUGGUAAAACAUGUGAUUUGCCACUAUCAGGCCUAAACGGUUGGGAGUAUACGAACCAUGCCAUAGCAAUCGUGGGUUGGGGUGAGGAAGAUGUUGACGGUGUAAAUACCAAAUAUUGGAUCUGCCGUAACACUUGGGGGAACAAUUGGGGUACAGGUGGUUUCUUCAAAAUGAAGCGUGGAGUGAACUUAUGUGGUAUCGAGUCACAAGCGGUCUACAUCGAUCCUGACCUUACUCGUGGAUUAGCUGCUGCUAUUUUACGUAGAAAUGACGCAUAA